AUGACUGAAAUCGCAAAGUUCGAGCAAUUCGGAAUCAAUACGUUCUAUAACGGAAUUCCAACAUUAGAUAAUGCCAGCGACUGGUUUAGGUGGAAUCAGAAGGUCAAUGAGUUCAUUCGGAUAUCUGUGGUUGCCGACGAUGGAGCGACUCCACCAAUAGAAGAAGAAGAAGCACGGCAAUGGAUUCGCCGCCAAAAGUUCUAUUCUGCGAUGAUCACGGCAAAGCUGACACACAAUGCGGCGCAAAGGAUCAAUGCCUUUGAGAUUCCUCGAGUUCAAGUACUGCUUAAGGCAAUCCAGGACAACUUCAAACCGGAAGGCUCUGGUACGUAUGUUAGCCUCCAACGACGAUACAUGGCUCUUACAAGAGACAAGUGUGGGAGCACCCAAGCGCUCGGUGCAGAGAUGAGGAAGAUUCAUGCUGAAAAACUCCUCCUUGACCCUGAUUGCGUAACCUCCGAAAUUGAGCGAACAUUUUUCUUCGUGCAUGCACUCGGUCCUGAGUAUGAGAGCUUCCGCGAUCAUAUCUUCCGACAAAUGGACCUUGUCAACGAAAGGGACGCAGAUGGGAACGUCACUAAAGCGGCGCCCACAUUCGACUAUAUCGAGAAUAAGGCAAUUGAGGAAGAGCAUCGGAAGGGGCAAUUGGGCAAACAAACAGCAGAGACGCAAGCACUUCCUGCUCUUGCCCUAGUCCGUGGGCCAGGUGACAAGAAGCUCAUCCCGUCGUCGGACGGAACUACUUGUCGAAUCGAGAUCGAUAAUGUCCCAUAUUGCUCCUUCUGCCGAAAACCUUAUCACGUUGACUCCGAAUGCUUCACCAAGAAUCCGAAACUGAAGGCCCACAAGAAAGACGGAGACGGACCGAAGCCAAAGCCAGGCAGAAUGCACACGGGCGCACGGAAACAGUCAAAGAGGCGGCCCUCAACGGAUGACGAGGAUGACGAUGCGGGUGGCCCAAAGGAUCCGAAGAAACCAACGUUCAUGGCUAUGAAGGUCUCCGAGAAAGAUGUCAACGAAGCAUUUGGAAACGAUAUCGAAGGCAAUCUCGCCCGGCUCGACCAUAUCCCCAUAAUGAUGGCGAUAAAGACCCUCUCUAUCCGCGACGCGUGGAUCGUGGAUAGUGGAUGCGCUCAGCACGUCUGCAAUAGUGCCUCGAGGUUUGUCCAAAUGGCCAAGUACCAUGGGCCCUCACUAAGAGGCGUUGACGCCUCAACGGCUCCCUCGGGAGUGGGAACAGUGAAUAUCCUGUGCAAUGUACGCGGCAGAAAGAAAUGGCUUGUGCUUGAUAACGUCCUCUAUGUUCCAUCUGCACACGCCAAUCUCAUAUCGGUGCUCCAGCUUCUCAAACGAGGGGCAAAAGUCGAAUUCUCAGGCCGGGAUGCUAUCCUUUGCAACAAGUCAAGUGGAAAGAAUCUGUUUACUGCCAGCGAAUAUCAUGGAGUCUACGCACUCGAUCUGUGGGCAAGUCUGACUUUCCCCUAUUACCAUGUUAGCCCACAAAUGACGCUGUGGCACAACCGGCUUGCUCAUAUGGGUGAUGCAAACAUUCGGCGACUCAAACAGCAGGCUCACGGUGUCCGGGAUAUGGAGCCACGUCAUCCAUGCAAUCCGUGUCUGCAGGGGCGAAUGAUCGAAAACCCCCACCGCAGAUCAGGAAGUAGCAGGAGAGGAGAAUAUGUAGUGGAGCUCCUCCAUAUUGACGUCGCUGGGCCAUUUGACGAGGGCCUUGACGGCAGUCGUUACUGGCUCACCAUUGUUGACGACUUCACGGGCUGGAUCGAGAUUAUCCCUAUACCACGAAGACAAUAG